UAAAUAUAAACUUUUUCAAAAUUUAUUUAAAUUAGUCAAAAUUUGGGAGAAAGAAAUUAGAAUAAUUUCAGAGUCUAAAUUUAGAAAAAAAAUCAAGUUUUUAUAAGGCCAUUGUUAGCAGGUUGAAGUUCAUCUUGCUCAAAUUUUUUUUAUUAUAUAAAUAUUAAACCAGAAGAUGUGGUAUGACAACUCACCAGAGACUAAAUGACAUCAAAUGUCUACAUUAUUACUUUUUGAUAGAUAUAUUUACUAAAAACCAUUCUGCUUACUUCUGAUAUGAAAGCUUCUAAACUGUCCAAUUUAUUCUUCCAACACUUUCUAUAAUGCAAAAUAAUGAGGUGUAUCUGACAUUUGUUCUCUGUAUAACUGUUUAUUAAAAUUUAAAUUGAAAAGAAGUAUUAGGUAUUAUCAGAAGUACAUGUAUAUGUUUUUAAAAAUUACACAUCUUUUCCAGUGUAAAUGCCUACAACAUAGAAACUAGAAAUGUGACCCAAGUGAAAAAAAAAUGGUUACACAUGCAAAGUGAUUCCAGAAAAAAAGAGGCAAAAAGGAGAAGAGAAAGUCCAAAGACUGGAGGUGGUCCAGCCCCUCCAGAGAUUGAUUCAAAUGAUUUAAAGAUUUUAAGUGUUACAUCAGAUGCCUCAAUUUGUGGACUUGAUGCAGGCUACGAUUCUUUAGCAAAGCCAAAGAAAGCAAUAGUCCAGCAAGGAUCACAAAUUGUUCCAAAAAAUCCAGGAACAGCUGCUGAAGCAUGGGGAUCAAGCGCAGAUUUGCCUUUAAGAGAAACCAAUGACACAGAACAGACAUUGUAUACUGCUGUUGCAGUUACUGGCUCUUCAACAAUAAACAAACAACCAGAUAAAAAAGUUAGUCGCCAGACUAACUUGACAAGUCUUUCUACCUCAGAUUUAAUAUUGGAGGUUGAAAGGGAACAAUUAGAACUGGAAAGAGAAAAGUUGGUUAUAGAAAAAGAAAAGAUUUCUUUUAAAAAGGAAAAGUUGAAAAUGCUGAAAGAUGCCAUGCAAAUUAAAAAAAGGACUCUUCAAUUGUUAGAAGAAUAUGUGGACUUUAAGAAAUUAAAAUUUACACAUGAUUCAGAUGUUUGUGACCUUUCGCCAAUUAUUAAGUUUUAAUAUUUUUCAUCAGCAAAAUAUAUGUAUGACUAAAAUCUAUUGUGGGUCAGAUCUAUCACAGAUUUCUAAUCUAUGAUAAAUAUAACGUCAAUGCAGUCCAAUCUAUGGCAGAUUUUUUAGAAUCUUAAUCUUUUGCAUUUUUUUAGUUUUCCAAUCUAUGGCAAUUUGUUAGUUUCAUAAUCUAUGACAUAACCAUUUGUGAAAAUAAAUAGCCUUUAGGCAUGAAAUAAUUUGACCCGGAAGAAUAAGCAUUUCUUACUCAUGGUGCAUGGUACCUGUUUGACCCGUCUAUUAACCAAGUACCUAAACAACAUGAAACGCAGGAAUUUGCCAUAUAUCUGGAACCAACCAUAGAUUUGAGUCAUACAUAUAUGAUAUGAUAUAGCGUUAAAUUUUAUGCUCUGUUUAAAAUUCAUUUUUAUGUUGAAAUUAUUAUCCACCAAAAUUUACCAUUAGUUCAAAUAUGAAUAUGUAUACUUCUCAAAUACAUUUUCAAAUGUGAAUAUUUUCUUACUUUCUCUCUUUAGCAUAAAUAAAGAUUGCCAAAUGUAUCAUUUUUAAGACAUGAAAAAGUUUCCUCAUUAAUCUAUCAGGUAUCAACUCUGUUAUUGAUUUAUAAUUGUGGAGCAUAAGAUUUAUCCUUAUAUUAAAUUUUGAAUGAAAGUGAUAUCACCACUAACCUUUAUUAUGUUUAUAAACAAUUAAUAUAUUAAAAAUUUAUAAAUUGAAUCAAUUCUGUUUCACCAAAAUAGAGCAUUACAUUCUUAUUAUUUCAAAUUAACUUUAUACAGAUAAAAAGGAUAAGGAAAUAAUAAAGAUAAAUACCACUACAUUGAUCUAUAAGUUUUCAUAGGAUGUUGUCUCCAAUCAUUAAAAUGAUAAAUGACAAAUAAACCAAAAAUAUGAAAGCUGAAAAACAAUUUUAAAUUGACAAAGUUGAUAUUGAAACUUUAGAAAAUGAAACGCAGUUUUGUCAAAUGAUAGCAAAAUUUUUAAAAAGAUUUUAUAUAAUGUUACUGAAAAACCACAUUUUCAUUCAAAUUUGUUAAUUGUGAAUUAUUGAGUGCAUGCAAUGAAACAUAAUGGUAAAAAUUGACAUUUCUGUUAUAAAAAAAUAUUUGAAAAAUGUUAUAAAUAUAUAUUUUUGGGGAAAAACAGAAACAUUUAUCUGUACAUCAAAAAACUUUUUUUUUAAAUUUUCAUAUAGGCAUUAGUAGAAAUAUUUAAUUAAAAUUUCAGAAUUCGCUAAAUAAUUUGUCAGCUAAGACCUAUAUCACACCUUGUCUUUUCAGGUCCAGUAAUAUACAAAACUAUAUCAAAUGUAAAAUUAGGAUUCCCAGUGUUCAAAUUCAGUUAAAAAAAAGUAACCUUUUUCAGUUUUAUACAGUACGUUUAUAUAAUAAUUUAAUGAUUUAUCUGUUUGAUUUUCCAAAAUAUUAAGUUUUUUAGGCAAAUCUUUGAAUAAUGCGUUCUCUAAGGGUUUGAACAUUAGCAGGUGCAAUAUCUCUAACAAUAUGGUUAUCUCCAUUGUCAAUAAAUUCAUCUGUUAAAUCUGGAAGUGGCAGUUUAUCAUCAAUACACUUCUUGUUUAAUUUAAAAACAGCUGUCACAACUAUUGCAGAUCUUUCAGGUGUAAAUGGUAAACAUCCUCCAGUUUUAUGCAAACACCUGUAAUAAAAAAAUAUCAAUAUUUUUUA